AUUCUUAGUCGUUAUUUGAAAUAGAUGAUUAACAAAUGAUAUGCGAAAAACAUGCUUAACAAUGUCCAAGCACGAUCAGGCAAAAUAGAUCGUAAAUUUCGAAGACGUUCGAAAUCACCUGAAGUUAACAUAUAUCCGAAGAAGAAUAGAACGAAAAUAAAGAAACGAAUAGAGAAUUAUGCAGACUCGGAAAAACGACCCCACAUAAAUCCUAAGACAAUAUGCUUGUUUGAAGAACAAACUGUUGUUUGGUGCGCAGUGGGCGCGAAUCGAAAAUUAGAUUAUGUAUUUAGAAUUCUAAAAAUAUGGCUCUCGUAUUUCACGAGUUUGAAUAUAAUGUCAAUUUCAUUUCGUUGUUAUAAUUUGUUGAUGCUAGUCACAUUAUUAAUUGGAUAUUCUAGUAGCGCUCAAGGGGCAAGUACGUCUUGGGUACGUCAAUCGCAGGCGCCUUUCAACGUUGAAAAAGAGUUCCAGAAGUUUGGGGAAGACGUUGGAGGUAAUUUUGAAGAAUUUAAAUUUCCUGGUAGCUCUGUUUCCUCGCUGGAAAAGAAUGCUGUGUGGAGCAAACCUUCCACAGGUUCAUCUCACAUACAGCAUCAUGAUAUUUUUAAAACGGGAGAGCCAUCGUAUGAAGAAAUCACGUACGAUGAACAAGCCCAAGACACAGCGCUUGAUGACGACGAAGUGGAUAACCGAGUGCCCCGCUCGUUUUACGUAGAUAUAUUCGAUGCCUCGUUGCCAGUAGAUUCCCCAUAUAGAAAAUCCAUGCGGCAACCUCAGCUUCCACCUCAACAGGGCCAGCCGUACAGUAGAACUCCUACCUAUUCUAACUCAAUCGAGGAUCCCAGUCAUUUUUCAAAUUCAAUCCGGCCAUUCUCAAACGAAUUCAUCUCAACUAGCAUACCUCAAAAUAUACGCGGGCUAAAAAACUUUGCGUUCCAGAGAAUGGGAUGGAAACAUUCAUCCUUCUCAAAUGAAGUUCUAGACCAUAUGUCUCACUCAAAACUUGACAAUCGUGGGACAUCAAUCUUACGCCAGUUCAUGGAGAGAAAACCCGUUUCAGAUGCGUUUGAAAAGCUUCCGUUUCAUCGAGAAACCAGCGGUCGAUUUGGUUCUAAGCGGGACGGAUCUUUCGAGGCUGGUAAGAAAGACGUCGUGCCAAUAUUCACUUCUACUUAUUACCAUCGACCUGGUAGCUCCGAGCCUGCGAGAGGCUCCGUGUGGCUUGGCUUCCCACGACCUGCACUAAACAGCGGGAGAAAUGAUGAGCUUCACACCAAGAAGUUAGGGGCAGUCACUAAUGAUGACAUACGGGGCGAAAAUAAUGGAGGGGCGCUAGGCUGCCACGACGACCAGGGGGUGUGGCGGCGCGACGGUGAGGUCUGGUACGGCGAGGGCUGCACGCGACAUAAGUGCGUUGCCUUCAGGAGGCGUCACUUCAUUGAAGUAGAUUCCUGUCACUCAGAGAUCCACAACACGUCCUACCGAUGCAUCGUACGGGCGGACGCUGAAGCGAAGUAUCCUCGCUGUUGUCCGCGGUUCGAGUGUCAUGCGGACAACCUCGGAAGACCGGGAGAAAAUUUCAGUGCAACUCAAAUCGUCUGACUAAGUAGUCCAGGUUGCCGCGACUGUA